GGUUUCACUUCCGCCUGGCUGCAGGGAUCACCAGGAACUCCCCUUCCCAAUAUAUUAGAAUAAUCCCAAUAGAUCAUUUCCACACACGCACCGCCAAAAGGGGGAAACACGCCCCUCCUCAGCUCUUGCUGUGCGCAAUGGGAACCAGAUGAGGCCCGAGAGAUUCCCGCCGCCCUCAGGCAAGCUGAGGCAGCCCUCGAGCAUCCUCCUCCGUCCCUCCUCUCCAGGAGGCGUCUGCGCGGGGCUCUCCUCUGGCUUCUCUCCAGCAGGGUCCAGGAGAAGGCGAGCGGCGUUGCCCUCCCGAGCCGAAGAGGCGCGCGAGAAGGUAGAAGGCAAGAAUCUUGCAGUGAACCGGGUUUAACUGGAUUCUGAUGACAGUCAUCUCAAAUUCUGUUUUGCUGAAGGAGACAAACCUGACUGGUGGAAUUUCCGGCCACCAGGCAUAGUCUUCAGAACAGUAUUUAUGUGGAAGGCAGUAAGCGUUUAGAGCACAAAAGGUCAUGUUCCAGCACUGCAAGGCAUGCAUCUGUUAUCCUGAGGACUGCGAGGGCUUUCCUGAUGUUGACAGCAAGCACGUUCACUUUCUACAAGUGGGUAUUGCUUUCAAUGACAAUACGAGACCCUAAGAGGCCAACAGCCUGGAUGCAGCAUGACAGGGCAGACUGCAGAUUGCUAGACAAGUGUUUCACAUUUCCCCUACACCCACCCCACGGCAUAACUUUAAAUGGACACUGUUUUGACCUGUUGUGCAAAAGCCGAUGAUGUUUCUACAACUCCAACUGUCAUAAGGCUGUGAGGGCUGCUGAAGAUGUCCGAUAGUCUGGAUACUGAAGAGAAACCUCCCGCCCCGCCACUGAGAAUGAACAGUAACAACCGUGAUUCUUCGGCACUCAAUCACAGCUCCAAGCCUCUCCCCAUGGCUCCAGAAGAGAAGAACAAGAAGGCUCGUCUCCGCUCCAUCUUUCCGGGAGGGGAUAAAACCAAUAAGAAGAAAGAGAAAGAACGUCCUGAAAUCUCUCUCCCUUCAGACUUUGAACACACGAUCCAUGUGGGGUUUGAUGCCGUCACUGGGGAAUUCACAGGGAUUCCUGAACAGUGGGCCAGGCUGUUGCAGACCUCCAAUAUAACGAAACUGGAACAGAAGAAGAACCCGCAAGCUGUUCUGGAUGUCCUCAAAUUCUAUGACUCCAAAGAGACAGUCAAUAACCAGAAAUAUAUGAGCUUUACGUCAGGAGAUAAGAGUGCCCAUGGCUACAUUGCAGCCCAUCCUUCGAGCACAAAAACGGCAUCGGAACCCCCGCUAGCUCCCCCAGUUUCAGAAGAGGAAGAUGAGGAAGAUGAAGAAGAGGAGGAUGACAAUGAGCCGCCACCUGUUAUUGCCCCACGUCCAGAGCAUACAAAAUCUAUUUAUACACGUUCUGUAAUUGAACCUGUUGCUGCCCCAGCCCCAGCUAAAGAACCUACAACCCCCCAGCCUGAGAACUCCAGCACAAACACUUUGUACAGAAACACAGAUCGACAACGGAAGAAAUCCAAGAUGACCGAUGAAGAGAUCCUAGAGAAAUUAAGAAGCAUCGUGAGUGUCGGAGACCCGAAGAAGAAAUAUACACGGUUUGAAAAGAUUGGCCAGGGGGCUUCAGGUACAGUUUAUACCGCGAUAGACAUUGCCACAGGGCAGGAGGUGGCUAUCAAACAAAUGAAUCUCCAGCAGCAACCCAAAAAGGAAUUAAUAAUCAAUGAAAUCCUGGUCAUGAGGGAAAAUAAGAAUUCCAAUAUAGUUAACUAUUUAGAUAGUUACCUGGUCGGUGAUGAACUUUGGGUAGUCAUGGAGUACUUGGCUGGUGGUUCUUUGACCGACGUUGUUACAGAAACUUGCAUGGAUGAAGGGCAGAUAGCUGCUGUCUGUAGGGAGUGCCUGCAAGCGCUGGAUUUCUUGCAUUCAAACCAAGUGAUCCAUAGAGACAUCAAGAGUGACAACAUUCUUCUCGGGAUGGAUGGAUCUGUCAAACUCACCGACUUUGGCUUCUGUGCCCAGAUCACCCCUGAGCAGAGUAAGCGGAGCACAAUGGUGGGCACCCCCUACUGGAUGGCGCCGGAAGUGGUCACGAGGAAAGCAUAUGGCCCCAAAGUGGACAUCUGGUCUUUAGGGAUCAUGGCAAUAGAAAUGGUGGAAGGAGAACCUCCGUAUCUGAAUGAAAAUCCUCUCAGGGCCUUGUAUUUGAUAGCUACAAAUGGAACACCAGAACUCCAGAAUCCCGAGAGACUCUCUGCUGUUUUCCGAGACUUUUUGAAUCGCUGUCUUGAGAUGGAUGUUGACAGGCGAGGGUCUGCAAAAGAACUCUUGCAGCAUCCGUUUUUAAAACUGGCCAAGCCACUCUCCAGCCUGACUCCCUUGAUCAUUGCAGCAAAGGAGGCUAUAAAGAACAGUAGCCGCUAGCAUUUUGAAUCGCACUUGCCUGUUACUUUGCGGCAGGACUGAACAAGAACUAUGUCGAGCCUUGGACUCUUCUGCUGGAGGAAAGGCAGGUGGAAAUCAACAGUCACAGUCCACGGGGGAAGGAGGCAGUGGUCUUCUGCUCCUUUUCCCCAGAAGAGAAACCUAUCGCGUGUCUUCUUCCCACUCUUCAAUUCUUUAAUUUAUUUCUAAGGUCAACGGGAGCCUGCCAGGCAGAGGCAGGACCGGAAGCCCCUUUGCUCUUUAGGCUAUGUCCGGAGCACCGAUGGCACAGCAUGGAUACUCUCUGCACUCACCUGGACAGGAAUGGCGGCCCAACCAGCUUUCCACCCCCUUUUUAAUUUUCUUCUUAGUCUUUUCUGUUUGGUUUUGAAACUGAAUUUGAGUCCUCUUUCACUCUGGCUGUUUGAAGGACCCAGACAGUUUGCUAAGCACCAGUCUGUUCGCUUGUCAUGAGAUGAGAAAGAUCACAAGGAAGCUUGCUUUAUUUAACCAAAAAAAAAGAAAGAAAAAGAGUGAGAGAGAAAGAAAGAGAGAGAAAUUAAUAAUCAAUCAAGGAGCAGAUCAAUCACAGCAUCCUUCUUUGAGAAUUUAUGUUUUGAAAUACAGAAUACAGAUAGCAAUUACAUUCCUGGGCAGCCUGGCGACAAUGUCAUGAAUAUUGGUGCUUUUGUGUUGGUGAGUCUUUCCCUCCUCCCAAAUAAACAAACAAAAAUUAGAAACAUAAAAACCACGUUCUAACUGAGUCUGUAUAAGGCAACAGCUGUGAGUACAUGGCAACAGAACCCAUCCUGCCUGGUGACCAUUCUCUUCUCCAUAAUGCUGAGCAUCUUAUUUCCAUUGAACUGGAGCUGAAGGCAACUCAAUGUCCCCAAUGUAAGGCCCCCAUCUGCACUAUAUAAUUAAAGCAGUAUUAUACCACUUUAAAUAGUUAUGGCUUCCCCUAAAGAAUCCUGAGAACUGUUGUUUGUUAAGGGUGCUGAGAGUUAUUAGGAAACCCCUAUUCCCAUCACAGAGAUACAAUUUCCAGAGUGGUUUAACAAUCAGUCCCUCUUCCUAGGGAAUCCUGGGAACUGUACCUCUGUGAGGGCAACAGGGUUCUCCUAACUUUCAGGACUCCUUACAGGAUUCUUUGGGAGAAGCCAUGAAAGUUGAAAGUGGUACACCACUGCUUUGAAAGUAUAGUGCCGAUGGGGCCUAAGAUUCCUGAAGCCUUGGUGCUAAGAGCCCCUUUGAUUUCAGGAUAGCAUCUUAAGGCAGUGAGCUAUAAUCAGCCAUCACAUUCAUCCAUAAUGGUCUUGCCUUUGGGAAGGGAACCUCAUGCAACAUUCGUGUAACUGAAUCGAGGAGAGGGAUGUAGAACAUGUGGCCCUGCAGAUGUUUUUGGACUACAGCUCUCGUCAUCCAUGACUGUUGGCCGUGUUCAUCACAAUGGCUGUGUAGCUGAAGGGAGUGGGAGUGCCACAACCUCUAGACGGGCUGCAGGUUCUCCAUCCCUGAUUUAGGAGAAAUCCAGUUUCAGCACCAUGCUCCUUGUGAUGCAGUUAAUGGACUUUGUCCUUUCCCCUAGCAAACUGAAAACACCCUUACUGCAAUCCCAGUGAACACAGGGUCUGGAAAGAGAGUGGUGAUAUGGAGUCUGAGGAAUCCCAUCAGUCUGUUGUGUUACUGUAGGAGUUGGCCUUCUGGACAUUGCUUCCUGUGCAACAUGGGAAACAGAACUGAAGAGGGCUGGUUAAGGAUCAAAGAGAACAGAAAAUGCAGUGAUAUAUACCUUGAUGGGAGGUUUUCUCUCUCCUCCUUCCCCUCAAGCCUGUUGUGAACUUUGACCCAUAAUGCAAAACAUUGAAUCUGGAAUCUCUGAACUUUGUAUUGCUGAAGCCUAGCAAUGAUUGUGAAUAUUUGUUAAAGGAGCAAACUAGCUUUGAUUAAACCAUAU